GUCCUUCACCUUCCCUUUUACAUAAAAAUCUAACUGGCAUUUUGGAACAGAUCAAGGCCAGUGUAGCUGGAUACUCUCAUCACUCACUCACCACCACCAACACCACCACGACGAUUACUGGGAGAGUAAAUUGUCAAGAUGACAGUCAAACCCAUCACCACCCCCCUCGGGCACUCCCUCCCUCCUCAUACUCCGCACGCCCUCACUGUCCACCUCCCCGGGUGGGACACCUUCAUCCGGCUUCGCGAUGGUGACCAGGAAAUAGGCAAGCAGCUUAAGAGCAUGUAUCCGCGGUUUUCACCCCUUUCGUGUGUUAAGGAGUUGGGCAUCAAACUCCUCACCCACCUCUCUUUUGCGUAUCCAGAAUCAGAGUCAGACAUCUCCCCCACCACCCACGGUUGUCUCCCUUUUACCACCCCCGACGCGUUUUCCCUAGCCGCAGCGCACUGCAUUUCGCACCAUCGGGCGGAUGAACAUCGGUAUAGUGAUAGCGAUGUUUCGAAAGUGGAGUUUCGGGUUGUUGAGUUUUGGGGGGUGCCUCUCGUACCUAAUUCUGCCGCCGAUGCGACUGCGACUGCGAAUGGAACCAAGACUGCGACUGCCACGGACAAGGUGAGGCUGUAUCUGGUCAUCUACCCACUACCCAAAGCAAAAGGGAUCAUGGGCGUCUGGACCAAUCCCGGUAUAGGCAUUUCUACUCGUCUCGCUGAGGUUCUCCUCCCUUUUGUUCCCACCUCCUCCGAUGGCGACGGCGAUAGUUCCUCGCCCGAGGCCGAGCAAGGUGGUAGAGAUAUGAAGGUAUUGGACUGGAAAGCCAAGGGGUCAGAUUUCAUUUCUGGCACUCCCAUCAAGGAAGACAUACCCGAACCAACAUACCUCCCCGAAUCCGACGCGCACGAAAAACUACGUGAACGAAUCGUCGCGCUCUGUCAGCGUAUGCCGCGCGAUGUCGAACUCGCCUCCCGAUUAACGACCAAAGACGUGUUCUUGUACACAACUGGCAUGGCGGCUGUUUUUCGCUUGCAAGAGGCCUUCUUGAACGCUGGACGGAGAGGACCGGUGGUGGCGCUGGGAGCGGUGUUUCAUUCUACGUUUCAUUUGUUUGAGGAACUGGAGGGGACCACUACCACCAAUGGAGAAGAAGGGUUCAAACACUUUGGGGAGUGCGAGGAUUCGGACAAGGUGAUGGAUCAAUUGGAGGAAUAUGCAAAGGGGUUGAAGCAAAAGGGAAGGAAGGUGGGGUACGUGUUUGUGGAGUUUCCUAGUAAUCCGCUUGUGGUGAGCGUGGAUUUGGGGAGGUUGAGGAAGAUCGCUGAUGAGUACGAUUUCCCGGUUGUUGUGGACGACACGGUCGGGUCGUUUUGCAAUCUCGAUGUGUUGCCGGUGGCGGACGUGGUGGUUUCGUCUUUGACGAAGACGUUUAGUGGGUAUGCCGAUGUAAUGGCCGGCUCAGUCCUCCUCUCCCCCUCCUCGCGCUACUACUCCCUCCUCUCCUCCACCCUCACCACCACGCACCACAACGCCCUCUCCCCAUCUGACGCCGCCCACCUCCUGUCCAACUCCACCUCCUACCUCGCCCGCUCCGACACGCACAACCGCAACGCCCAGAAGCUCGCCUCUUUCCUGCACACUUAUUCCACCACCCACCAACCCCCCCGCGUCAUCUCCCGAGUUCUGUACCCCUCCAUUCCCUCCACUACAUCCUCCACCACGGGAACCGGUUACUACCAGCAAUACAUGCGCUCCAGUACCGCCCCGGCGCCCACCGGGCCGCCCUACGACGAGAUGGAGGGCAACGACUUCUUCACCCCCGGCUUCGGAUGUUUGCUGUCCAUCGAUUUCUCGUCAAAGAGAGUGGCAAAGGCGUUCUACGACCAUUUGCAUGUGCACCAAGGUCCCCAUAUCGGCGCGCACCUGACGAUUACUAUGCCUUUCAACGAUUUGCUGUGGGGUGCAGAGGAGAGAGAGCGGAAGUAUCAUGCGGGGUACGGAGCGGUGCCGGAGCAGGUGAGGGUGAGUGUUGGGUUGGAGGAGUGGGAAGACUUGAAAGAGGUGUUUGAGGAGGCUUUGAAAUUUGCUGAGGAGGAGGCUGUGAAGGAGGCUGCCUGCUGAGGAGGAAGGAGGGGAAGGAUUGAUGGGCUUGUAGUGUGUGUGUUUAGGUAGUGAUUCCCCCUCGUUGUAUUGAUUACCUACUAGAGGUAGGCACGAUGGGGGGGGGGUACUUGAAGACUGAGUGUUAAUUUAUGUUUAGUUGCAAUACUAUCCAGUGGUAUAGUGGUAAGAGGUGUCGAGUGUACCUCCCAACUUAAGUAGACAUGC